AUGAGAGCGGACGGGGACGACGACGGCAAGACCUCGGCGUUCCGGUGCCAGGACGCGGCGCGGUACACGGUGGCGGCCGUGGUGACCGUGCUCAUCGUCGCCGUCGUCGUCACCUCCCUGAAGGUGGUGCUCCGUCCGGAGUCCCUGCGCCUCUCCGUCGUCGACGGCGUGGUGUACUCCACUCCGCUGCCGGCGAGCGAGGCGGUGACCCUGCAGCUCAACCUCCGGGCCGAGAACCCCAGCGGCCGCGCCCGGAUGUACUUCCUCAACGUCACCGCGUACCUCUUCGACGGCGCGACGCCGGCGUCGACGCCGACGCCCGACGAGGACUGCAUCAUCUUCUUCAACCCGACCGACGAGGCCGUGCGGCAGCCGGCAGGAGAUGGCGGUGGACUUGAUGACGAGCGUGGAGGCGACGAACGACCCUGGCGUCAUGAACCAGACCUACUUCGAGCUGCUGUCACCUACUACUGCCGGCCGCUCCUCGUCGGCGGGAGCAAAGGUGGCAAGGUCUCCAUGGGCAGGAAGGACGUGCUCUGCACGGAUAACCUGGGCAGUCAAUGA